AUGUGGGAUACGGGUUUAUCUUGGGAUUCGCCGUUACCUGACGAUCUGUGCAACGAAUGGCUCAAGUACCGCUCCAAGCUAGAGGGGCUCAAUAAGAUCCGCAUCGACCGUUGGAUGGGCAUGAUACAGCGUGUUCAGACAACGUUACACAGCUUUUGCGAUGCCAGCUCACAAGCAUAUGCUGCCGUCCCCUAUACGAAAACUGUGGACGUAGGCGAUGUUGCGCACAUCUCACUUCUUACAGCUCGCACGAAGGUGGCACCUCUGAAGGGCGCUACUAUACCCCGCCUGGAACUGUCGGCAGCACUACUCUUGGCUGAAACUAUUCAAAAUGUGAGGGACUCGCUGGGCUUAAUGGAUGCUCCAUACUAUUUGUGGUCGGACUCGGCGAUCGCUUUGUGCUGGUUAAAGAAGCAUCCAACAACACUUAAGCCGUUCAUAUCCAACCGGGUUCGUAGGAUACAGGAACUGACAUCCCCAGACAGAUGGUACCACGUUCGUUCAGCACGGAACCCUGCUGAUUGUUCCAGCAGAGGCAUUACACCCGAAGUACUCUUAGUUCACCCGCUUUGGUGGCAUGGUCCUGGUGUGCUAGGCAGCGCACCCUCAAACCAGCCCGAGAUCCCUCUUAGCCAGACCGAGUCGGACGAGCUCCUUGCCGAAAGGCGAAGUAUAUGUCAGUCAAUGGUACUCCUUGCGCAGCCUUUGAAUACCGGUCGCCCAGAUGGCCACAUUAUGUUGUUGACCACCCGGUUUAGUUCAAUUCAACGCCUGCUGGGUACAGUGGCCAUCAUGCGUCGACGUCGACACUUGCGUCAACCUGUGGUCAGUGCCCAGGAACUAGAUGAUGCCCUAUACACGCUAAUCCGUCAAGAGCAAGGGGAACACUUUGCUGCUGACAUUCGACAGUUGAAGUCCAGUUCAGGUUUGUCCUCCGGUACUAAGAUACUCUCAUUGAAUCCGCUUUUAGAUGAAAACCACAUCCUUCGGGUCGAAGGGCGAAUACAUAAGGCAGAACUUGAGCACGACCAGCGAUUCCCGAUCAUAUUGCCGAAGUCAACUCCUUUCGUGCAGCCGCUAAUACGUCACGCACAUGAGGCAAGCUACAUGGAGGAACGCAGCUCAUGCUACAUACCCUCCGUCGCCGGUUUUGGAUCCUGA